AUGGCAUUGCCCGGUGAUGCGGAUGUUGAGCGACCGACUUUACCGAUUCACGCUAUCAAUAUAUAUGACACGCUGGGGGAGCUCGGUAAGGGCCAGUUUGGUGUGGUGUCGCAGGCGGUACGGCGCAAGAGUAGUGGGGGAAGAGAAGUUGUGGCUAUUAAGAUGCUCAAGUUCGAUUUUGAUAAGGAGGGAUUUCCACUCGAGGCAUUGCGCGAGAUAACACUGCUGUCUUCAUUGCGGCACCCAAAUAUCGUGCGAAUGCAUGCGGUGGCAUGUGAUGCAGGUGAAGCACCGAACGGAUGGCAUCUUGUGAUGGAGCCAGCAGGCCAUGAGUUGACUAAAAUGGUGAAGGGAGCACGGCGGCGGCCCAUGACCGAGGCUCAAGUCAAACACCUCAUGCUCCAACUUCUGCGUGCGCUGGCCGCCCUACACAGCGUCUGGGUGAUGCACCGCGAUCUGAAGACACCCAACGUCCUAGUCGAU